AUGAAGAGAACAGGGCUGCUGGUGGCGGUCGUACUGGUGGUGCUGGUGGCCUGCGCGGCCCGGGAGAGCGCCGGGCUGCCCUGGGAAGAGGCCCAGCGCCUGCUGUUCAAACAGCAGAUGCGAAGUGGUGCCAACGGCGCGGCCGGGAUGAGCAAGCGCGACCUCGGCACCGACAUCCCCAUAUGCCCCGACCACCCCCGAGCUGUUCCCCAGGCCUUCAUCAACCAACGCUUCAUGCCGGAGCAGCUGCGCGAGGCCAUCAAGAAGAUCGAUGCCGUGUAUCGAACGGCGGCGCAGGGGGUCCAAGCGAUGUCGGUGGGCAUCGUGUACGACCAGGAGCUCGUGUGGGGGCAGGGCUACGGCCUCAUCGACACCGCCGACCCCUCCUCGCAAGUGGACACGAACACGAUCUACCGCGUGGGGUCGAUCACCAAGCUGAUCACCAACAUCAUGCUCUUCCAGCUGAGGGACCAGGGCAAGCUCUCGCUCGACGACCCCGUCAGCAAAUACGUGCCGGAGCUGGUGUGGCCGACGCCCUUCAAGAACAACCCCGGCAUCACCUGGCGCACCCUCGCCGGUCAGAUCAGUGGCCUGACGGGAGCGACGCCCUGCAACUUCUUCACCAUCUUGGAGCCCUUCCUGGGCGAUGCCUGCCAGAUCUCCAACGCCGAGGCGUGGAAGCGCGUCACUGCCGAUCCGCCGUCGGUGCCGAUGUGGCAGAACCCGCACUACGCCGACGGGGCCUACGCGAUCAUCGGGCGCGCGCUGGAGUCCGUCGUGGGCAUGUCCUACGAGGACUACAUCACCCAGCACAUCUUCAAGCCCCUCGGAAUGGACAGCUCGUUCUUGGCCUACAACUCUGGUCGGACAUGGCCAAGAGGGGCGGGCAACAUCACCUUCCCGUCGUUUGUGGCGCACGCCGACCUCAACUGGGCGCGCGCGACUGGCAACGUGUACUCCACGGUGAAGGACCUGGCCAAGCUGGCGUCGCUCUUCAUGGUGGGCCAGGACGAGCGCAAGAACGUGCUGGGCAUCUACUCGAGCACGCUGCGCGAGAUGCUCACCCCGUCGUUCAUCAACGACGACCAGACGAGCGGGUACGGGUUUCCGUUCGAGGUGUACCACAGCCGCGCCUUUGGCAAGGACAUGCCGCCCUACUGGGUCCGCAUCAAGGCCGGCAGCAUGCCGGGCUACGUCAGCGUGCUGGCCAUGUUCCCCGAGAUCAAGACAGCGAUGAUCAUGCAGGCCAACGGCUACGCGAUGCCGUGGGAGCCUAUCGCACUUCUGCUGCCGGCCAUCGAGCAGACGCUGUGGGACCUGCAGCCGAUCCCCAACAACCCGGGCAACCUCACGGCCUACGCGGGCACCUACCUUGCCUCCGUUCUCGGCGGGUUCAUGACCGGCAACGUCACCGUCAAGUCCGAUCUGCCCAACAACCAGCUCCUCCUCUUCUUUAGCCUCGCCGGAACCAAUAUCCCAGCAAGCGAUCUGGGCGUGACCAAGGCCGUGUGGGAGCACGACAACACGUUCCGCACGCUGGGUCCCAACCCGGGCACUGCAGCCUGCCCCGCCGUCGAGGCCGGUUUCACCAACGUGCUGGUGCACUUCAAGGUCGGCGACCCCUCGUGGUUCGGCGGACCCACCCAGGUCGUGUCGUUCGAGGCGCCCACCGAUCCCUUCUACGGCUGGGUCUUCAUCAAGCAGUGA